CUUAAGCCAUCCUCCUGCCUCAGCCACCCGAGUAGCUGGGACUACAGGCAUGCGCCACCAUGCCUGGCUAAUUAAUUGUAUGUCUUAUGGGGUAGGAAAGUGGUUUCAGAGAGAGGCUGGUAUUAUUUAUUGUUGGUGGGGAUGGGGCGGAUUGUGGGACCUCUGAACAACUAUCUCAUGGAGUUUUCUUUAAUAACUUUUACUAAGGGGCAGGGUCGGUUAUUGUAGGGUUCUGUGUUUUUACACAUGACUUCUGGCCCUUGGGCUGUGCAAGGUCCUAGGUUGUGGGGUCACUUUGGAGGUGGGAGGGUGUUUUUGACUCUAAGACUGCUUUUCCUCAUCCCAACAGGUUCCUAGAGGCGGCUUUGGUCACUGCAGGGGUCAUAAGGGAUUUGGCUUUCUUGUCUCAUCCUCCUCUUGCCUAGUUUCACUUUCUCAGUUCUCCCAAAAGCCAUGUCUAGACCCUCCCUCAUCAGCUUCACCCCAGCCACCGACCCUAGUGACCUCUGGAAGGAUGGGCAACAGCAGCCACAGCCUGAGGAGCCAGAGCCCACCCUGGAUGGGGCUGCAGCCCGAGCUUUCUAUGAGGCUCUGAUUGGGGAUGAGAGCAGUGCCCCUGAGCCCUGGAGAUCUCAGCCUGAACCUGAACCUGCCACGGAAAGAAAAAGGAAGAAAAGAAGAAUGAUGAGGGAGGCUGCGGCAGAAACAGUGGCAGCAGGAACAUCGAGAAGACGUGGACACAGAAGAUCCCUUGAGGCUGAGGAUAGGAUGACCCAGUGCAUACUGAGGGCAGCCCAGGAGGGGGACCUGGCAGAACUUCGAAGACUUUUGGAGCCCCAUGAUGCAGGGGGAGCUGGGGGGAAUAUCAACGCUCGAGAUGCCUUCUGGUGGACGCCACUGAUGUGUGCUGCCCGAGCAGGCCAGGGAGCAGCUGUGAGCUAUCUCCUGGGCCGUGGGGCUGCCUGGGUAGGGGUCUGUGAGGUUGGUGGCAAGGAUGCUGCUCAGCUGGCUGAAGAAGCUGGCUUCCCUGAGGUGGCCCAAAUGGUCAGGGAAAGCCAUGGAGAGACAAGGAGCCCAGAGAAUUGGUCUCCCUCUCCAUCUCCCCAGUACUGCGAGACCUGUGACACCCACUUUCAAGAUUCCAACCACCGCACAUCCACUGCUCACCUGUUGUCAUUGUCCCAGGGUCCCCGGCCCUCCCACCUUCCACUUGGGGUGCCCACCUCUAGCCCAGGCUUUAAGCUGCUGCUGAGGGGAGGCUGGGAGCCAGGAAUGGGGCUAGGACCCAGGGGCGAGGGCCGUGCCAACCCCAUCCCCACUGUCCUCAAGAGGGACCAAGAAGGAUUAGGCUUCAGAUCAGCACCCCAGCCCCGAGUCACACACUUCCCAGCUUGGGACACCCAGGCCGUGGCUGGAAGGGAGAGAGCCCCUCGAGUGGCAACACUGAGCCGGAGGGACGAGAGAAGGCGAGAGGAAAAGGACAGGGCUUGGGAGCGGGGUCUGAGGAUGUACAUGAACCUUGAGUUCUGACCUUGGUGAAAUCUGACCCUGGUUUGCUGCUGAAGUCUGAACUAGGGUUCUCUGACUUCUUCCUGGGAUCUGCCCACGUGCAGACCCUCAUGUUCUGGUCAGUAGGUUUUGUUCUGGGGUGUGGGCUGACAGUUGAAAAAUAAAUCACCCUUCUCUCUCUUU